AUGCUGGCAGCAGCGAGUGGCAGCAUCACAGCAAUUACGUACGAACGACACAGAGAGAGUAAAGAGUCUAGACAGUGGAGGGUUUCUACAGCAAUAAACGGCAGUUUGGUUGGAUUGGUGGCUAUUAGCGCUGGCGUAAGUUCGGUUUACCCGUAUGGGGCAUUUUGUAUUGGAGGAGUGGCUGGUGUAGUGUAUGUUCACGCAACAGAAGGAAUAAAGAGAUGGAGAGUGGACGAUCCCAUAGACGCUAUUUCAAUUCAUUUAGGAGGCGGACUCUGGGGAGUCCUUGCUGUUCCGUUUCUUGAUCAAAGACAUGGACUACUUUACAAAGGUAACCGUGCAUCCCUGGUUCUAAUUGCUUGGAACAUCGGCGGCGUUCUUCUUAUAAUUUUGUGGACUCUGCUUUGGAGUUCUGUUCUAUUUGGCAUUCUGACAUGUUUGGACAUUCUGCGUGUAUCACCCGAUUCCGAAAGUAGAGGUCUCGAUCAGCUGGUUCACGGGGAAAAAGCUUAUCCAGGCAUGCCAAAUCAUCAUCGCACAGAUGAAGCCAAGGAGGUGUCGUUAGCUUCGCAGCUCUCUAAAGAGGAAGUGAGAAGGAAAACAGAAAUGCGCAUUGAAGUGCCUGGCGAUGAAUGGGUUGAAAAUGAGGUAAAAUUUACCGAGAUUGUCGCUUUUGAUGGCAUGGAGGAGUCUGCUGUCUAACAAACGCUUUCACGAUUACAAUAGUUGUGCAUGCAUUU